AGGCUAACAGCCCUGUGACAGGCUUCGCCUACCAGAGGGAGAGGGCGAGAGAGAGAUUAAGUGUGAGAGAAGGGGAGGCAGAAGGCAAGACAGAGGGAGCAGCUGAGAAGGAUCCUAGGGACCCAGUACUGAUCCCACAGCUGAGCACUGACUGCAGAAAGGACUCGGGUGAGGUGCAGCUUUGACAGCACUCAGGGUAGAAGACCUCUGUGGUGGCACACACAGAUCGCUAAUAUCUGUGACCAAGAGACCUGUUGAACAGCUAUGAAGAGCGCUGUGGUUUGAGUCAACAGACAAAGCCACCGUGGUCCUGGGAGACUCAGUAUUGACAUCGAGCAGGAUCAUCUCCUCAGAACCUCAACCUGUAAGGAGAACCUGUAGUCUGUCUGUGCUGACCAUAGGCAGCUGAGCAAAGCAUCAUGACAAGCCAUCAGGCAGUAAAAUCUUUCAAGAAAUCUUCUGUCCCAGGAGUUAUUAUCACCCAGUUUGUAGACGAUAUUCCAAAUGGAUGCAGUACACCUGACUUUGAGCGGAAACCUGUCACUCUGACAUUGCAGGAAGGUAAAAAUGCCAUUUUCAGAGCUGUGGUCAAAGGUGUCCCAACCCCUGACGUGAAAUGGACACGUAUGCAAGGAGGAAUGGAUGAUCCUGCCAAAUAUGAAACAUUCUUCAAUAAUGUUACAAAUGAAUUCAUUCUGCAGAUAAACAAACUCACUACAGAUGACAGCGAUUUGUAUCGUUGCUUUGCUGUGAAUGAAUAUGGGGAAGCUGCAUGCUCUGCUGGCCUCAGGAUCAUACAAGUUGGCUUUAAGAGGAAAGCGAGAUAUGUUCCUGUUCACCCUGCUGAUGAGUUAAAGAAGAAGCUUCAGGACUUCAGGAAGCUGCUGAGAAAGCGGGCCCCAGCACCAAAACCAAAACCCUUGGACAAAGAAGCAGUCUGGCAACUGUUGCUGCAUGCAGAUAGGAGAGAUUAUGAGAAAAUCUGUAUGAAAUAUGGAAUUGUUGACUUCCGUGGGAUGCUGAGAAAGCUGCAGGAGAUGAGGAAGGACACAGAAAGUGAACAAGGAGAGUUACUACACAGUAUCAGAAACUUUGAACACAUCAAAGUCAACAAGGAUGGAAAAGCUACAUUCAGUCUGGUGAUGGACCUGAAAAAUCAUAACAGCAAAGUUUAUCUGCUUAAGGAUGGUGAGAGGCUCAGAUAUGGAACAGGGGAUGAAUAUAGAAAGCACUGCCUGAGGCGAAUUGGAAAAAGGUAUAGCUUCAUUGUCAACGAUGUGCAGCCAGAAGAUGCAGGCGUGUAUCAAGUCAGAGUGGAGGACGUACCUGUUUUCUCAACUGAACUGGACGCUGAAUCCAUCCCUGUGAGAUUUCAGCAGCCACUCAGUGAUGUGCGUUGUCCUGAGGAAGAAGAUGCUGUCUUUGAUUGUAUCCUACGCACACCCUGUUAUGAUGCUGUGUGGCUACACAAAACCCACCUCCUUGAGGGAAGUGAGAAGCACCAGAUCUCUGUAACACCUGAUGGUCUGACCCACCAGCUGAUUAUCAAAAAUGUUGUGCCCUCUGACAAUGGCAUGUACACCCUCGACACUGGACUCUGCUCCUCAAAUGCCUGGCUUAUUGUAGAGCAUGCCAAAGGAAAGAGGAGACAGGGUGAAGGAGGUGAAAGACAGAAAUCUGAGUGGCUGAAAGAAACAUUGCCAGAUAAAGACAGGGCUAAGAAACUUCGACGCAGAGAAUAUGUUGGUGAUGAAGAUCAUCUUAUGGACACUGACGUGGAAAAAGAUGGCUGGUAUAGAAAUGGUCAAAUUGGCAGUGAAGGACACUCCACUGAUGUUGAUGAAAACCAUAGAUUUUUGGGAAAAGAUGGGCUACACGGACCCCACAGAAAUGGAAGGAUGGGGUUUGGGCAGUUUUCUGGAGCAGACCUAGGUGGAGACUCAAUGACAAAUGAUGGUAGUAACUUUGGAUUAAAAGGCUUAGGAGGCAAAACUGGAUUAAGGCCUUUCCGUGGCAAGGAUUCUAUGACAGGCAGAGCAGAUACUGGUGAUGAAUUAGGAGGAACAGGUGAAUGGUAUUCUGCGGAUGGCAGAGAUGAUGGUAUGGUGGAUGCUGUUAACAUUGACAUGGAUAAUGGAGAAGGAGUGAGCUCUCAGCAUGGCAAGGAUGGUAAAUUAGGUGAUAGUAGGUACAGAGCUGGCUUUGGAGGUGUUGGGAGAUUAGGUGCUACUGAUGGAAGUUCUGUGUUAAACAGACUCGAUCCUGAUUCAACGGGAGUGGGAGAUGGUAAGGGUGGUAAGGGUGACCUGUUAAGUAGGACUAGUCCAGGGACUGGAGCUAGAAAAAAUGCUGCAGGUACUGAGAUUGCAGGAGGAAUGAAGUCCGCCUAUGGCAAGGAUGGUCUGCCCACUGUACUUGAUAGGAAUGGAGCAAAUAUAAACAGAGAAGGACGAAUAGGGACCCCCUACGGCAAGGAUGGCCCGACACUUCAUGCCAGCAGUCAUUUAAGGCAGGAAGGAAGGUCUGACAGGCUCUAUAGCCCAGGGCUUCUUCUAGCUGGACAUGGGGCUAUAUCUGGUGCAGGUGGCAGUUCUAUAGGGGAAAUGGAGGCUCUGUAUGGUCCAGAUGGUGGGACAGUUGGAGCAACUAUUGGCAGUGCUGCUGUAGCUGGUGCAGGGGCUGUUGGGUCUCCGUAUGGAAAGGAUGGUCUCCCCGCUGGGGCUGUCAUUGGUGGUGCUGGCAUAGCUGGUGCAGUGGGAGUUGGGUCUGUGUAUGGAAAGGAUGGUCUCCCAGCUGGGGCUGGCAUUGGUGGUGCUUACGUAGGUGGUGCAGGGGGAGUUGGGUCUCCUUAUGGAAAGGAUGGUCUCCCAGCUAGGGCUGGCAUGGGUGGUGCUGGUGUAGGGGGAGUUGGGUUUCCCUAUGGAAAAGAUGGUCUCCCAGCUGGGGCUGGCAUUGGUGUUGCUGGUGUUGCUGGUGCAGGGGGAGUUGGGUCUCCCUAUGGAAAGGAUGGUCUCCCCGCUGGGGCUGGCAUUGGUGGUGCUGGUGUUGCUGGUGCAGGGGGAGUUGGGUCUCCCUAUGGAAAGGAUGGUCUCCCAGCUGGGGCUGGCAUUGGUGGUGCUGGUGUAGCUGGUGCAGGGGGAGUUGGGUCUCCUUAUGGAAAGGAUGGUCUCCCAGCUGGGGCUGGCAUUGGCGGUGCUGGUGUAGCUGGUGCAGGGGGAGUUGGGUCUCUGUAUGGAAAGGAUGGUCUCCCAGCUGGGGCUGGCAUUGGUGGUGCUGGUGUAGCUGGUGCAGGGGGAGUUGGGUCUCCCUAUGGAAAGGAUGGUCUCCCAGCUGGGGCUGGCAUUGGCGGUGCUGGUGUAGCUGGUGCAGGGGGAGUUGGGUCUCUGUAUGGAAAGGAUGGUCUCCCAGCUGGGGCUGGCAUUGGCGGUGCUGGUGUAGCUGGUGCAGGGGGAGUUGGGUCUCCCUAUGGAAAGGAUGGUCUCCCAGCUGGGGCUGGCAUUGGCGGUGCUGGUGUUGCUGGUGCAGGGGGAGUUGGGUCUCCCUAUGGAAAGGAUGGUCUCCCAGCUGGGGCUGGCAUUGGCGGUGCUGGUGUUGCUGGUGUUGCUGGUGCAGGGGGAGUUGGGUCUCCCUAUGGAAAGGAUGGUCUCCCAGCUGGGGCUGGCAUUGGUGGUGCUGGUGUAGCUGGUGCAGGGGGAGUUGGGUGUCCCUAUGGCAAAGAUGGUCUCCCAGCUGGAACAGACAUUGGUGGUGCUGGUGCAGGGGCUUUUCGGCAUCCGUAUGGAAAGGAUAGUGUUCCAACUGGUGCACGUGUCGGUGGUGGUGGUGUAGCACGUUUUGGAGGUAUUGGAUCUCCCUAUGGAAAAGAUGGUCUUCCAGCUCAAGCAGGCAUUGGUGCUGGUGUAGGUGGUGCAUGGGAAGUUGGAUCUCCAGAUGGAAAGGAUGGUCUUCCAGCUGGGGCAGGCGUUGCUGGUGGUGCUGCUGGUGAAGGGGGUUUUGGGUCUCCAUAUGGAAAGGAUGGUGUUCCAGCUGGGGCUGGUCCAGGUGUAUGUGGUGCAGUAGCAUUUGAGUCUCCCUAUGGAAAGGAUGGUCUCCCAGCUGGGGCUGGAGUAGCUGGUGUAGGGGGAGUUAGGUCUCCCUAUGGAAAGGAUGGUCUCCCAGCUGGGGUUGGCAUUGGUGGUGCUGGUGUAGCUGGUGCAGGGGGAAUUGGGUCUCCCUAUGGAAAGGAUGGUCUCCCAGCUGGGGCUGGAGUAGCUUGUGCAGUGGGAGUUGGGUCUCCCUAUGGAAAGGAUGGUCUCCCCGCUGGGGCUGGAGUAGCUGGUGUAGGGGGAGUUAGGUCUCCCUAUGGAAAGGAUGGUCUCCCAGCUGGGGUUGGCAUUGGUGGUGCUGGUGUAGCUGGUGCAGGAGGAGUUGGGUCUCCCUAUGGAAAGGAUGGUCUCCCAGCUGGGGCUGGCAUUGGCGGUGCUGGUGUAGCUGGUGCAGGGGGAGUUGGGUCUCCCUAUGGAAAGGAUGGUCUCCCCGCUGGGGCUGGCAUUGGCGGUGCUGGUGUUGUUGGUGCAGGGGGAGUUGGGUCUCCCUAUGGAAAGCAUGGUCUCCCAGCUGGGGCUGGUGUUGGUGGUGCUGGUGUUGGUGGUGUAGGGGGAAUUGGGUCUCCCUAUGGAAAGGAUGGUCUCCCAGCUGGGGCUGGCAUUGGCGGUGCUGGUGUUGCUGGUGCAGGGGGAGUUGGGUCUCCCUAUGGAAAGGAUGGUCUCCCCGCUGGGGCUGGCAUUGGCGGUGCUGGUGUAGCUGGUGCAGGGGGAGUUGGGUCUCCCUAUGGAAAGGAUGGUCUCCCAGCUGGGGCUGGUGUUGGUGGUGCUGGUGUUGCUGGUGUAGGGGGAGUUGGGUCUCCCUAUGGAAAGGAUGGUCUCCCAGCUGGGGCUGGCAUUGGCGGUGCUGGUGUAGCUGGUGCAGGGGGAGUUGGGUCUCCCUAUGGAAAGGAUGGUCUCCCUGCUGGGGCUGGUGUUGGUGGUGCUGGUGUAGCUGGUGCAGGGGGAGUUGGGUCUCCCUAUGGAAAAGAUGGUCUCCCAGCUGGGGCUGGCAUUGGCGGUGCUGGUGUAGCUGGUGUAGGGGGAGUUGGGUCUCCCUAUGGAAAGGAUGGUCUCCCCGCUGGGGCUGGUGUUGGUGGUGCUGGUGUAGCUGGUGCAGGGGGAGUUGGGUCUCCCUAUGGAAAGGAUGGUCUCCCAGCUGGGGCUGGUGUUGGUGGUGCUGGUGUUGCUGGUGUAGGGGGACUUGGGUCUCCCUAUGGAAAGGAUGGUCUCCCAGCUGGGGCUGGCAUUGGCGGUGCUGGUGUAGCUGGUGCAGGGGGAGUUGGGUCUCCCUAUGGAAAGGAUGGUCUCCCCGCUGGGGCUGGUGUUGGUGGUGCUGGUGUUGCUGGUGUAGGAGGAGUUGGGUCUCUGUAUGGAAAGGAUGGUCUCCCAGCUGGGGCUGGCAUUGGCGGUGCUGGUGUAGCUGGUGUAGGGGGAGUUGGGUCUCUGUAUGGAAAGGAUGGUCUCCCAGCUCGGGCUGACAUGGGUGGUGCUGGUGUUGCUGGUGCAGGGGGAGUUGGGUCUCCCUAUGGAAAGGAUGGUCUCCCAGCUGGGGCUGGCAUUGGUGGUGCUGGUGUAGCUGGUGCAGGGGGAGUUGGGUCUCCCUAUGGAAAGGAUGGUCUCCCCGCUGGGGCUGGCAUUGGCGGUGCUGGUGUAGCUGGUGCAGGGGGAGUUGGGUCUCCCUAUGGAAAGGAUGGUCUCCCAGCUGGGGCUGGCAUUGGUGGUGUAGGGGGAGUUGGGUCUCUGUAUGGAAAGGAUGGACUCCCAGCUGGGGCUGGCAUUGGUCAUGCUGGUGCAGGGGGAGUUGGGUCUCCCUAUGGAAAGGAUGGUGUCCCAGCUGGCGCUGUUGUAGCUGAUGCAGCUGGUGCAGGGGGAUUUGCGUCUCCCUAUGGAAAGGAUCGUCUCCCAGCUGGGGCUGCGCCUGGUGCUACUGGUGUAGGUGGUGCUGGUGUAGGGGGAGUUGGGUCUCCCUAUGGAAAGGAUGGUCUCCCAGCUGGGGCUGGCAUUGGUGGUGCUGGUGUUGCUGGUGCAGGGGGAGUUGGGUCUCCCUGUGGAAAGGAUGGUCUCCCAGCUGGGGCUGGUGUUGGUGUUGCUGGUGUUGCUGGUGCAGGGGGAGUUGGGUCUCCCUAUGGAAAGGAUGGUCUCCCAGCUGGGCCUGGCAUUGGCGGUGCUGGUGUUGCUGGUGCAGGGGGAGUUGGGUCUCCCUAUGGAAAGGAUGGUGUCCACGCUGGGGCUGGCAUUGGUGGUGCUGGGGGAGUUGGGUCUCCCUAUGGAAAGGAUGGUCUCCCAGCUGGGGCUGGUGUUGGUGGUGGUGGUGUUACUGGUGUAGGGGGAGUUGGGUCUCUGUAUGGAAAGGAUGGACUCCCAGUUGGGGCUGGCAUUGGUCAUGCUGGUGCAGGGGGAGUUGGGUCUCCCUACGGAAAGGAUGGUCUCCCAGCGGGCGCUGUUGUAGCUGAUGGUCUCCCAGCUGGGGCUGGCAUUGGUGGUGUUGGUGUUGCUGGUGCAGGGGGAGUUGGGUCUCCCUAUGGAAAGGAUGGUCUCCCAGCUGGGGCUGGCAUUGGUGGUGCUGGUGUAGAUGGUGCAGGGGGAAUUGGGUCUCCCUAUGGAAAGGAUGGUCUCCCAGCUGGGGCUGGCAUUGGUGGUGCUGGUGUAGAUGGUGCAGGGGGAAUUGGGUCUCCCUAUGGAAAGGAGGGCCUCUCAGCUGGGGCUGGGGCUGGGGCUGGUGGUGCUGGUGUAGAUGGUGCAGGGGGAAUUGGGUCUCCCUAUGGAAAGGAGGGCCUCUCAGCUGGGGCUGGGGCUGGGGCUGGUGGUACUGGCGUAGGUGGUGCAGGGGGAGUUUGGUCUCCCUACGGAAAGGAUGGUCUCCCAGCUGGAGCUGGCACUGGUGGUGCUGGUGUAGGAGGAGUUGGGUCUCCCUAUGGAAAGGAUCAUCUCCCAGCUGGCGCUGGUGUAGCUGUUGCAGGGGGAGUUGGGUCUCCCUAUGGAAAAGAUGGUCUCCCAGCUGGGGCUGGCGCUGGUGUAGCUGGUGCAGGGGGAGUUGGGUCUCCCUAUGGAAAAGAUGGUCUCCCAGCUGGGGCUGGCACUGGUGUUGCUGGUGCAGGGGGAGUUGGGUCGCCAUAUGGAAAGGAUGGUCUCCAAGCUAGUGCUGGUGUCGGUGGUGUAGCGGGUGUAGGGGGAGUUGGGUAUCCUUAUGGAAAGGAUGCUCUCCUAGCUGGAGCAGGUCUUGGUAGUAUAGCUGGUGCAGGGGGAGUUGGGUCUCCCUAUGGAAAGGAUGGUCUCCCUGCUGGGAGUGGUGUAGCUGGUGCAGGGGGAGUUGGGUAUCCUUAUGGAAAGGAUGGUCUCCCAGCUGGGGCUGGCAUUGGUGGUGCUGCUGUAGCUGCUGCAGGGGUAGUUGGGUCUCCCUAUGGAAAGGAUUAUCUCCCAGCUGGCGCUGGUGUAGUUGGUGCAGGGGGAGUUGGGUCUCCCUAUGGAAAGGAUGGUCUCCCAGCUGAGGCUGGCAUUGGCGGUGCUGGUGUAGCUGGUGCAGGGGGAAUUGGGUCUCCCUAUGGGAAGGAUGGUCUCCCAGCUGGGGCUGCUGGAGUAGGUGUUGGUGGUUCUGGUGUAGCUGGUGCACGGGGAAUUGGUUCUCCUUAUGGAAAAGAUGGUCUUCCAUUGGGAAUGGGAGCUGGAGCUGGUAGUGGUGGAGCUGGUUUUGGUAGGUCUGGGUCUCCAUAUGGAAGGGACGGUGUCUCACCUGGGGCUGUGGCAGGAGCUGCUCAUUUUCCUUUUGGAGGUGAAGAAGUAAUGGGAUCUCGCCAUGGCAGGGAUGCUUUGCUGAGCAGAGCUCAAGGAGGAGCAGCAAGCAAUGGCUUUUCCUCAGAACGUGGUGGUGUCAGUGGCUCUGCAAUACGGGGAGCUGGGUCUCCCUAUGGCAAGGACAGUGGCUUAGCUGGAGCCAGGGCUGGUGUGGGUGGUGUUGGCAGGUUGGGAGGUGAUGAAAGGGAGUUACAUUCUGUCCCUGGUAAAGAAGGUGUGGUAGGUGCUCGUGUUGGACGAGGUGGUGAAUAUGGGUUGGAUUCACAUUCUGGCAAAUCUAUGGGAGGUAAAACUGGAAAGGGCACUGCUAGUGAAUUCAGAGCAUCAGGGAACAAAGGUUCACCUGAUGACAGAGAUUCACUUUCAGGCCAAAGAGAUGCCAGGAGUGAGGGCAGAGAUUUAGGACACUUAGGCUCCCUUUAUGGCAAAAAUUCUGCCUUUGGAGGGGCAGGGAGUAAAUCCCAUAACAGAUCUGUUGAUGGGAGGAAUUCAGGUGGUUUUGGUCAAGGUUCAUUGGAUUAUGGUCAGAUGUCAGAUCUUUAUGGUGGACCUCCUUCAAUAAACCAGAGAAAACAGGAACCCAGCCUUGAUAUUAAAGCAAAUGAUUUCUUGAAGAAUACAGAAAGUAUGGGAAAAAGAAGACGUUAUUGCCUAGAUGAUCUGAAAGCACCACGCUGUUAUGUCAACAAACAUUUACUUGAUGUCAGAGUCCUGAAAGGGGAACCAGCUGAGCUGUCUUGCACUGUCAGUAAACAUGAAGUGACAGGAACCUGGUUUAAAGAUGGAUUAAAGUUAACAAACAUGGAUGGAAUCCUUUUUGAAAAGGAAGGUCUAGUCCACAAACUAAUUAUUAACAAAGUAGAAGAUAUUCACGCUGGGAAAUACAGGUUUGAAGGUGGAGAUAUAAAAACUGAAGCUUCAAUUUUUGUUGAAGAUCCUCCACAGGUUGACAAAGUUCUCCUCAAAAACUUAACAAGUGUUCCUACUGUGGCCAAGGCAGGGCAGAAAGUAAAGAUCAAGAUCCCUUUUGAGGGCCGGCUGCCAAUCAGAGCAACAUGGCUAAAGGACAGAAUGGAGCUAGUAGAUGACGCAAGGAUUCGUGUUGAUAAAACAGAGACCUUUACCAUGCUGUCCAUCUCCAGCAGUGAGAGAAAGGACUGUGGGGAUUACCAAGUCAGGCUGAAGAAUGACAGUGGGGUCCUGGAGAUCAACUUAAAGCUUGUGGUAGUAGACAAGCCACAGCCACCUGCAGGACCCAUCAAAAUUGUAGAAAGCUCUGCAAACGACAUCACCAUUCAGUGGAAGCCUCCGAAGGAUGAUGGGGGCAAACCAGUGCAACGCUACAUUGUUGAGAGACAGCAGGUAGGCAAGAACGACUGGGUGACUUUGGGAGAAACCCCCAGGAGCUGUACUACCUUCACUACUACCAAAGUGGAACAAGACACGAGCUACUACUUCAGGGUGAGAGCUGUGAAUGCCGAGGGAACUAGUGACGCACUGGAAUCAGAUGAAGUGAAGGCUGUCGGUAAAGCUUCACCUGGUGCCCCAGAUCCUCCUGAGAUUGUCAGUGCCAGCAGAGACACCAUCACAAUAUGCUGGAAAGCACCUCGUAAAACUGGCAGUUCCCGAAUUGUGGGAUAUAUCGUUCAAAAACGCAAGAAGGGUACCAUGACCUGGCUGGCAGUCAACAAUGUGCCUAUAGCAGACAAGAAGCUGAAAAUGACCAAUCUCAAGAAAGGUCUGCAGUAUGAAUUUCGUGUGGCAGCUGUCAAUGCUGCCGGCAUAGGAGAUGCCAGUGAACCAUCACAGCCUGUCUUUGCGCGGGAUUCCAUGAAAUCUCCAGGUCGAGUGCAGGACCUUAAAGUGAGCAGCAGUGACAGCACUAGUGUCACCUUGACAUGGAAGAGACCUGAAGCAAAAGAUGGGAGUGAUGUGAAAGGCUAUGAGGUGGAGAUGCGGUCUUCCAACAGCCUCAACUGGACCAAAUGCAAUAAUCUUCCCAUAGAGAUGACCGCUUACACAGUGAAAGGCCUCCAAGCCAAAGAGAUAUACUUCCUUCGUGUGAGAGCCCUCAAUGACAGUGGCCCAGGAGAAGCCGCAGAGCUUGAAGCUUGCAUCGAAGCUGCUCCCCCUGUAGUUUCUCCCAGGUUACUAAUAGAUGACACAGUGAAAAGCUUCCUGGUUAUAAAAGCAGGAAAUACCAUCCGAGUGAAUAUUCCCUUUGAAGCAUCUCCAGAUCCAGUGGUGACCUGGUUAAAGGAUGGGCUUCCUCUUUCAAACCGGGCUAAAAUAAACACCAAAGAUGGUACCACCCAGCUGCUGAUUGCAGCAGCUGCGUUCGCUGACAGCGGCACCUACACUGUUGAGCUCCAGAACGGGUUAGGGAAAAGAGAAACAUUCAGCUUCCAAGUUCAAAUUACAGAUAUCCCACAAUCACCUGGACCUAUUCAACUGGAAGAGAAUGUGCCAAAUACAGUGACAGUAACCUGGGAGCCAUCACCAUCUGAGAAAUGGGAAAGUAAUCUCUACUACACGGUCCUGAAACGUGAAUCACAGAAGGGCUUGUGGCACGUGGUGGGUGACCUGAUCUACACCAACAAGUUCACAUUCACCAAACUGAUCCCAGGCCGGGACUACUACUUUAGGGUUGUGGCAAAAAAUAGCCUGGGAGCCAGUGAUCCAUCUGAAACUGUGCAGCCUUGGAGCAUUCGAAAACCAAAGGCUGAAUUUCAAGUCAAACCACAGAAAUACAGGGGAGUGAACCAAAACCAGCCUCCGAGAUUCCUUGUCCCAUUGAAGCCUCAUGUGGUGACUACUGGGAGUGAGUGCCAUAUGAGCUGUGCGGUUGGAGGCCAUCCACCUCCAAAGAUCACAUGGUAUAAGGACAGUAGAGACCUCUCCAAUGAUCCUACCUAUUUUUGCACAAACGACUUUGGUGUCUGCUCCCUGGUUGUCCUGGGUGUCACAAAACAUGAUGAAGGAGAAUAUAUGGUAGAAGCCACCAAUGAAUCGGGCCGUGCGUUCAGCAAAGCCUUCCUCACUAUUAAAGACUCCACCCUGUAGCAUGGCCUUCCUGAGAACAUCUCUGAACUACUAUGUGAAUGUGAAGGUUUUUAUCGAGAACUGGCUCUAUAUGAAGGCUAUGCAUUUAUUUUCAGAUGUGCAUUAUAGUCUGAGUGUUUUAUUUUUCAGAUCCAGUAGUUGCAUUUUGAACACGAUGCUGCACUGUAGUCAAAAUGGGAAAAAAAGCUUUAAGAGAAUCAUAUCUUUUUGUAAUGAUCCUGGCUUUCCACUAGACCUUUAAAACACGGAUGAGAAGCUUCAGGAACACAGAAAAUAAGAGGAAAAAAAUUGGCUAAAAUGAAACUUUCCAUGGAGAACACAGGUGUAAGAGAUCAUUCUGCCACACCACUCACCUGCUGUCAGGCUGCAACAAGACUAUUUCUUGACACCAGAGAUCUAUGAAGCUAGCCUUUUAGCGUGUGGUUUUCUAAUCCGUAGCAAUCAUUUUAGAUUCCAUGUAAUUCUCAGCGGGUUUCAUAAUCUUGGUAGAAGCAGUUCUGCAUGUAUUCCACUGCCAGUAGCAGCUAAGUAUAUUAUUUCCCUUAACCUCUAAGUUGAAGAGUAUGUGCCUGAUAGUUUUAUCUGGGCAAGAGAUAAAUUCUCAGAGUAAGCUAACAUGGGGUAGUGCUACUCACAGUGAAAAUGCAUUGAUGGGAAUGAAUGGAAAUCUAGAGCCAGUUGUAUUAGUCUGAGCAGAUCAAUGCUGUACUUAAAAACCUACUAUAGCAAGUGCUGUAAAAAAGGAUGUAUCAGUCCUAAACUGUCACGUUAGUAUCACCAUUGGAACAUAACUGCCCCUACCUCAUGACAUUGCUAGAAUGUUUUUGCCUAAUGCAAAAAGAGGUUAAAAAUCUUUCAUGUUUGACCAGAAAUACGAGGUACCACUAGAGAUCCUCUGCCAUGGCUGGGGGAUUCCAUUACUGAGCGGAGAACGAGACUGGAAAGCAAAAAUGUUACGAUGACUGUAUGAAUGUUUAGCACUGUAGCCUUACCACCAAAGGUACUUUGAUGACGGCAUCUAGAAGACAGGAGAGUCUAGAUCAAAGACUCAAAGCCACUGGAUCCUCAGACAGCCAGUCAAACAUUUAUGUGGGGCUGAAAUGUUCUUUUUGGUUAUAUUUUGUACAAUGUCGUACAGACAUAGCAACAGUAGAUUAUGAAAUUAAACCAUAAUUCAGUAAAAUCUA